AUGGGUGUUGCGGUGGCCGGGAGGAAGCUUGCCGCGCUGCCAGCGCUCGGGUGGUGGCUCGUGGUGGUCGGCGCCGUCCGCCUGGGCUUCGCCUGGUCCGGCUUCUUCGACGCCCGGGCGGUCCGCGCCGGCACCUACUCCGGCACGCACGUGACCGAUGUACACGGCCGCACCGUCGGCGUGUGGACGCUCCUGUCCUGCACGCUCUGCUUCAUGUGCGCCUUCAACCUCGAGAACAGGCCGCUCUGCGGAGCGACUCUCCUGUCCUUCGUCUACGCCUACGGCCAUUUCGUCGUGGAGUACCUGGUUUACCGUACCAUCACCGCAGCAAGCCUCGGCACUCUCGGCUUCUUUGCCGUCCCGUCGAUCAUCUGGACGAUAUUCCAUUGGAGGAACGCUCUUGGCCACCACCGCGCUGCGACCAAGCAGUCGUGA